AUACGAUUCCGUCUUCCUUUUCACUUCUUGCUCUCUUACUUUCGCCACAAGUUAUAACCUACACCUUUAUUCUGUCUUCCUCUCUGUUUUCCCUCUUAUUCUUAUUCAUUUGUCAAUGCAACAUUCUGUUUUUAUCCUUCUCUCUCAUUUUCUAUUUUCUACACUCACCGCCGUCUGUUGAUGUUUACCUCGCCAUAGCAACCGAAACUUGAGUUCACUCUGCGGAUUGAAAAAUAUGGAUCCAGGUGGCUUGCAAGUAAGCCUUAGUGCAUUCUUACCAAAAGCCAAGAACUCAGGCCAUGUUGUAUUUGAAAGUUUCCAAGAUAGAGAUGUGUAUCCCUUUAUGGUACCUGCCAGCAAGUUUUUGAUCAAACAUCUGCAGCCUAAAGGGUAUCCUUUGGUAGGACCUGGAAGAUAUGAAAAUGAAGCGAAAACAAGUAUGCAUGCAGUCAUAAAGUCCAAAAUCCACAGCAAAAUGCCACCCCAUCCGCCGAACGUAUGGAGAACAGCAACAUUUCUAAUGACUAGAAAAUCCUUAAUACCAUGUCCAACUCAGUACCAGCGAAGGUGUACAGAAAUGAAGACUUUUGAACCUGCUGCUAAGCCUUUUGGUUUUGGCUCUGAGAGGAAUUUAAAUCACUCUAAACCAAGCUACCUCAGCCCCACCACAUAUAAUAUUGAUACUGUUAGGAACAGAAAAGUGUCACACCAUCAGUCAUUUGGGAAAGCACCAAUAUUUUUGCCAGAAAUAACUAUUAAGAGUACCAUACCCCAGAAUACAGACAAGCUGUAUACAACAAGUGAAGAACAGAAGCAUCACCAGAAAUUGGCUUACUUAAAACUUUAUUGGUAACCUCCAGUUUUUGACAAGAUAAGGUUCAGUUUUGUUUUCACUGCUACAUUAUCUUUUCUUCAGUGAUUUUUUAUUUCUUGUUUCUUAAAAAAAAAAUAAAUUGC